UUUUCCAACCUUUAACAAGUUUGACAGAUACAUGUGUUGUACAAUCACCAAAUGUUAUCGAUGUUAAAACAAUACCAAUGCUAUUUUGGUAUCGAUAGUCGAUCGUUUUAUAGCACUAAUAUAGGCUUGAAGAGAACGCUUUUUUCUUGUAAAAUUUUUUGGCUAACUAUAAAUCACAAUCAUAUAUUUUCAUUGCCAUGUCCGAAAAUAAUGAGGCGUCGGUUGAAUCCAACUGCUUCAGAGGCGGUUUUACUUUGAAGGCAUCGCGCCUUGGCGGAGCCGUGCUGCGGCCACCUGUGCUCGGCGACAGUUCUAUAAUAAGCUCGGCUCUUAGCAAUACCAACAGCAACAACAGCUCUACAACGUUAGCCGGUGGAAACGAGAAGACUGAUGAAGAUGGUAUUGUAGGUAAUCCGUUUUUACGUGAGCAGAGGGAAGAUGAAGACGAAGCUGGCGCCCAAGUGGUGGAGUCCACAGAGAAUAUUGAUAAGGAUGACGAUGAAAUCGAUGAGCGGCCGGAUCCGCUCUCAAUGCUGCGCAACAACGGCAUUGAGCGCUCCAACAUAUUUGCUGCGGCUAAAACAACUUUGCCGCGUGUACAGACAAGUGGAUUUAUUUUCGGCCAGAAUGUGCACGAGCGAGUCGUGGGGGAAAACGUUAGCACAGAGUCGAAUGCAGAAGCUGCAUCGUCGGGAACAGUGGAAGCUACCUCAUCGCAAUUGCUUUUUUCCAGCGUCAUUCAGAAGGCUGCCCAAUCGACAGACAACAACAGGGAGACGUCUGAAGCAAAGAGCCUCAAUGAGGUGGCUCGUGAAUACGAGGAGAGCCGUGCACAGAAACGGAAAUAUGAAGAGGUUGAGACCUUUACCGGCGAGGAAAACGAAAUUAAUAUUGCCGAUGUUAGCUGCAAGCUAUUUGCAUUUGUCAACAGCAAUUGGGAGGAGCGUGGACGCGGCAGUUUGCGUCUCAACGAUGCCAAGGAUGAACGUGAUUGUUCGCGCGUCGUCUUUCGCACGUCGGGCAACUUGCGUUUGCUAGUAAACACUAAAGUCUGGGCGGCAAUGGUGGCCGAACGCGCCAGCCAGAAAUCGCUACGUCUAACUGCCAUGGACAACACAGGCACCGUAAAGAUCUUCUUGGCAAUGGGCCGACCCGCAGACAUUGCACAAGUGCACAAAGCGCUGAGUGAGCGUAUUUCCAAGCGCAAGCUGACGCAUCCAGAGGAGUGCGCGGUGGUAGAAGCCAAAAAUGGCAUUUCAUCUGAAGCCUGUGCCGUCAGCGUACAGCCCGAAUCAACAACUAACGAUGAUGACGAGGAUGAGGCAGUGGGCGGUGUAGUUGACUUAAUGCCAACCACUGGGUCCAACACAGCCAUUGCCGAGGCGGAUAGUAAUGAGCCCAGCCCAAAGAAGGCGCUCAUGCUGGCAGACAGCAGUGUGGAUGCAGUCGUGUCAGCGGCAGAUAGUGAUGCUGAUGCAGAACCCAAGGUGCUGGCUGAAGAGGAAGAAGGGGCUUAAAAACACUUGGCCUACGUUUUCGCUCUUUUUUCUCAUUAUUUUAUUUUGUUUCAAAUAAAAAAAACACAAAUGAAAAACCACAACACACUAAAUAAAACACAUUGUGAG